AUUUUAAUAAAAAUCCGUUAUUGAUGUCAAAUUAUAUAUUAAUUCUUAGAACAUAUGAAUACUGGCAACAUUGAUCCAUGCAAUAUAUAGUUAUUUUAAAAUCAUUAUUGUGGCAGCCUGCGGUUGCUAGGCAACCAAAUAAUACAAAUUAUUAUUCAAAAUAUGUUUGACACAAACAUUAAUUCGUGUAGAAGGUUGUACAAAGUCGUUUUAAAUGGAUUCUAACUCAGAUUCGUUUUCAACAAGUAUUCCACCAAGUGUUCGCAGUGAAACUAAAGAACGAUUUGAUGCACUGUUGAAAAAUGCCUUAAAAUGUGUGAAAAAUAAUGAAACUGAAAAAUUACCUAAAAAAAUGUAUGAAUAUGAUUCAACCACAGCUAGUAGUGAAAACCUAUUGAAUAGGGAGGAAUUAAAUUUAGAAUCGUUAGAGUCUCAAGAUAAUUUUAUGCUUAAUAAAUUUUUGAGUGAGUCCCAACUUGAAGUACAAGAUAACACAAAUCAUGUAAAACCUCCAGUUCCUAAACCUAGGAAAAAGACAAGACAUUUAGAGAAAACAAAAUCGCAUUCUAGUCAUGGUACUUUUGAAGUAACAACGCCAAAGGUAUUAAAAGCUUUGUCACCAGCCUCAUCUACCAAAACAUUUGUUGUUGAAAAAGAUGACUACAAAAUUGGUGAAACAGUUGUGCAUAAUACUCCUGAGAAAACCAUUGAAAGCAAUGGUAGUAUUCAAGAAAAAGCUGAUUUGGAAGUAUGUGAAAAAGAUUUAACUAAAAAUGAAGCUGAAGAGUUGGAAGAAGCAAGUUCAAGUCAUGCUUUGGAAGAUUCCCAACCAAAUAAACAAAGUUAUGAUCAAAUAGUCAGUAUUAUUAUACACAAAACAGAAAAACUGCUAAUCAAAUCAUUUUUGAUACAUCCUGUUGUAAAGAUUCACAUUGUUGAUGCAAAUACUGGAAAGUAUUUUAUGAAGAGUGAUAAAAGUAGAUCUGUUGUAUUCUAUUAUGAAAAUCAGGAAACUGACUAUAUUCAACCUGUAAUGACACAUUUUUAUAAUCUACAAGAAAAAAGGACUCUUUAUCCAUCAUGGGAAGAAAGAAUAACUAUAAAUGAAGAUUUUAAUUAUUUAGCAUCAACAAAUGUGAUGUAUUUCUUUGAAAUUCUAGAUUUUUUUACAAUGUCUCAGAGUCACAAUCAAAAUUUACAUAAAGCUUCUUUUAAGGGUUGGCAUAAAAUUUGUUUCGCCUUUUUGAAGCCCAUCGGAAAAAACAACGCCAGCAACCUAAACAAAAAACUUAGGCUGCAACUGUAUCAUAUCAAUAUUGAACCUAAAGAAUCGCCUGAUAAAUGUUGCUUAUGGGAAAUAUGGAACAGCAAGAAAAUGAAAAAAUAUCCGUCAACACUUUAUGUUACUAUUAAUGCCCUAACACCACCAGAAAAAAUUAUAGAAGUUUUCAGAUCUAAAACUCCACUGCAACAAGAAAGAACUAGUGCAAAAUUGCAUGACGAAAGUAUUCAAAAAUAUGAAACUGAAGAAAAAAUUAAAAAGUUGACAGAUACCACCAGGUUCCAGAAGAGACUAAAGAAAUUCGAAUUUCCCAAUAAAUGCGUUGCCAAAAUUCAGUCCUAUGACGAAGGGUGUUUCAUACAUAAAUUUAGUAAUAAUGGGUUGUACUUGGCUUGUGCUGUUCUUGUCAAUGAAAUGUAUAAUGUCGUAACAUAUUCCGUGCCUUCAUUUGAAGAACAUAAAAAAUAUGCUUGUCACCAAAAAUUAAUAUACAGCAUCAAUUGGACGUGUAAUGAUUUGUACAUAAUUACGUCUUCUGCUGAUAAUACUAUUGCAGUUUGGGAUUUUAACAGAGAUACGUUUUUGCAGAUAUUACCUCAUCCAGCUUUUGUCUACGCCAGUAACAUCAAUUCAGACAGUGUUAUAGCAUCUGGUUGUUAUGAUGGGUGUGUCAGAAUUUGGACUAAAGACAAACAGUCAAAAUGCUUCGAACUGCAUCAAGAAUUGACAAAACAUAAAGGAUAUGUAACAUCUCUUUGUUUCAGUAAACAUAGAUCUGUUUUGUAUUCAUCUGAUUCUGUUGGAGAAAUAUUAUUGUGGGAAAGGAGUGGAGAUGAAUGGAAACUACAGAAGAGUAUGACUAUUUUGGAACUAAAAAAUACUAUUAUCAACCAAAUAUUAAUAUUUCCUAAUGAGAAAAAAAUAUUGGUGCAUUCCAGGGAUAGUAUAUUACGAAUAGUGUCCUUAAAUAGUUUCUGUGUUCUUCAUUGGUUGCAAGGAUCAUUAAAUGAAAGAGUGCAAAUGUUUGGAUCUAUAUCACCAUGUGGUACUUAUGUAAUGUCUGGAGGAGAGAAUGGUGUAAUAACUAUUUGGAAUGCCAAAACUGGAACCUGUGAAAAGACUAUAUCUUUAUCUGACGAGACAAUGUUAAAUACCAUACACUGUGUGCAAUUUCAUCCCAACCAAAAUUUGAUAACUUGUUCUAGUCUGGGAAAAAAUUCCCCUGUGUGUGCAUAUAGUUUUGAACCGAUAACUGAUGAAAAAAGUACUAGAGAAAAUCACAGAGAAAGGAACAUAUUCACAAUUUCAAACAGAAAUGAUGAACAUGAAGAGAAAUUUAAUUUUAGGGAAAUAUUGCAAAAAAUGGAUAAUUUGUUUCAAUAAUAUUUUAUAAUUUUGUGAAUAUAAAAAUUGUAUGAAUGUUUUAUCUAUUAUGAAUUUAUAUCAAAAUUAUAUUUAAAUAAAAGAUAAAGUAAAUUUUC